CCUUUCUGAUAAUUAAUUGUCCAUCUCACAUGCUCACCGUAACUAUAAAUUGAGCAAUAAUGGUCACCGCAUAAACCCACCGUGCAUCGGGAAGGUGCGUCUCGUUCGGCUUUCGGUCCCACAGCCACACCGAGCGGGUUUAAGCGUCGUGAAAUCUAUAAAUGCAACCACCCUGAACCCGAAGUGCGCCAUUAACUCAUUGGUCGUCGAGCGGGUAAACCAAGCGUCUGUCAAACCACGCGGUCUCGGUUAGUGACGGGCAAUUAACGAGUGUGUGUUCGUGUCCUUUUUUUUGUGCUUCCUAAAACGGACGUAAAAUAGUUGUAAGCAACGAUAGUAAUGGAUGACGAUACUUACAAAGUGUUGGAAUGUCCGGAACUCGGUCGUUACGGUGUGGCCGGCCGUAACCUGAAGGCAGGCGACCGUCUGUUCGAGGAGCGCCCGUUCGCAGUCGGUCCCAAACUGGACAGUCCACCGCUCUGUCUGGAAUGUUGCUGCCCGGUGGAUGGCGGUGAAGCUGGUCCCAGGUGUUCGCGUUGCGGUUGGCCACUGUGCGAGGAUUGUAGUGGCAUGCGCGAGCUCGUUUAUCAUCGGGGCGAAUGUGAGGUGUUUUCUGUGAGCGGUGUUCGAUUCCGGCCGGUCGAUGAUUCAACGGCCGGCUGUGUGCAGCUCGAUUGCAUAACGCCGUUACGGGUGUUGCUGGCGAAGGAAGCAGACGAAGCACGGUGGAUGCGCGAGAUCGAACCGAUGGAGUAUCACGACGCGGAACGGCGCGAAAGUGCUAACUGGAAGGUGGACGAGAACAAUAUAGUCGCGUUUCUGUGCGGUCCGUGUAAGCUUGGCAAAAGGUUCUCGAACGAGUUGGUACAGCGUGCGAUCGGGCUGUUGGAUGUGAAUGCGUUCGAGGGUCGCACUUGCAACGGGUACAGUUUGCGGGGUCUCUAUCCACAGCUGGCAAUUAUGGCGCACAACUGCGUACCGAACGUGGUACACUCGAUUCAUCCGAGCGAUGGUUACAGGUUGGAAGCACGUGUUGCAGUUGAUGUACCGGAAGGAGAGAAACUAUACACGACCUACACGUACACACUCACCGGUACGGUCGCCCGUCAAUCGAUCUUAAAGAUGAGCAAAUUCUUCACAUGCCACUGCACUCGAUGUCUCGACCCAACCGAACUGGGAACGCAUUUCAGUACGCUGCUAUGCAGCAAAUGCAAUGGAGGAUUCAUAACCACAAUCGAUCCACUAGACGAAAAUGCCGAAUGGAAAUGCGCUCAAUGUAGCUUCAAAACGUCCGGUGCCGCUGUACAGAAAGCCGUCAUGACGAUACACAACGAAAUAGACGAACUGGCCUACCUGGAUUAUGAAGCGAACCGGCUGGAAGCGUACGAAACCAUGUACAAAAAGUACCGCAGCGUGUUACAUCCGCUUCACUUCAUCAACACCUCCAUCCGGCACAGUUUGAUCGAGCUGUACGGGCGCAUACCCGGGUACGGGAUGGUCGAACUGCCGGACAUACUGCUCGAGCGCAAGGUCGAACUGUGUCGCAGCAUCCUCCGCGUGCUGGACGUGUUUGAGCCGGGUAAAUCGCGUGCCCGAGCGAUGAUACUGUACGAACUGCAUGCGCCGCUUAUUAUGCUCGCCCAGUCAGCAUUCGCGCGCGGUGAGGACAAUCGGGAUGGUAAGCCGCUCAAGCAGCAGCUCAUCGAUGCUGCCCGUAUACUGGAGGAGUGUGGAGGAAUUUUGGAAUGGGAAGAUCCCAUGACACCCGAAGGUAUACUGGCGAAUGUGGCCAAACAGUCACUGGCACAGUUACAGCAGAGCAUCGAAACACUCGAUUAACGAGCAGCGAAACAAAGUCGCUUCUGUGGUUAGAGAUUUAAACUAUUUGUGAUGUACUUUGCAGCGAUCGUUGAAGAUUUGAGUGCGGUUGCAACAACUUGCACAAAAAAUAAUGUUGAACGAUCAUCAUCUGUUUAGUGUCUAGGUGUCUAGCUUUAAUCGUGUGUCCUGCCAACGACUCGCGCCAAUGACUAUUUGUUUUUUCUCCGUUCCAAACACUGUUUUACUUGAUGUAACAAUAAUAAAGUGAUUAUAAAUGCACGA